AACAUAAACAAAUGUAAUCGGUAGUCGGAGAAACGGUGAUCUUUUAUCAAAACGUUAGUUAUUGUCAACUAAAUGUAAGAACAGGAAAACAUCUUCAAUGGAUUUCGACACCAUAUUGGAAAAAUGUGGAAAUUUCGGACGUUAUCAAUUUGUGUUGCUCAUGCUCUAUGGCUAUACUAACAUAUUAUCAUCAUUCCACUACUUUGCACAGACAAUAAUAAGCUUCACACCGGAACACUGGUGCUAUCAUCCAAAACUAGAAAAUUUAACGUUUAGCGAAUUGCGCUCAAUACAUGAGAGUUCACCUAAUCCUGCUUGCAAUUUAGUAAGUGAUGUGGUAAAUGGCGUAGCAGUCUUGGCGGAGGAAGGUGUUUGCACCGAAUGGAUAUUUCAAUACGAAAGUGGUUACCGCAGUAUUACAACUGAACUUAAAUGGGUGUGCAAUGAUGCGGUGAAAGCAGCAAUUGGUCAAUCUUUUUUCUUCAUCGGUUCGGUCCUGGGCACCAUUUUUUUCGGCUUUCUGGCAGACAAGAUCGGUAGAUUGCCCGCUUUACUCAUCAGUACUUUAAUUGGUGCUACAGGGGAUUUUAUUACAUCUUUUGUCUACUCUUUACCUGCAUUUGCUGUCGGCCGCUUUAUAUCGGGCAUAUCAACGGAUACAAUAUUCUUUCUUAUGUAUAUUAUAGUGUUUGAAUAUCUCAAUCAGAAAAAGCGGACAUUCGGUCUUAACAUUAUCACUGGAUUUUUCUAUUGUUUCGGUUUAAUACUUUCGCCCUGGUAUGCAAUAUGGGUGGGCAGCUGGCGUUAUUAUUUACUAAUCGCUUCAUUGCCAGCUAUAUUGGUGCUUGUCUAUCCUCUGUUUAUAUGCGAAAGUGCUCAAUGGUUAAUCACUAAACAAAAUUACGAGGGUGCAGUACGUUGCCUUAAACGUGUCGCUAAAUUUAACAAGCGAACCGUUCCCGAAGAGGUCUUCACGGAAUUCGUUCAUCAUUAUGAAGAAAAAUUUGCAGCUGAAAAAAAACUGAACAAAACGAAGGACAAUUUCUUGGGUAUGCUGCGUACGCCACGCCUACGGAAAUUUACUAUAAUACUACUCAUAAAAUCCAUGAUUGUAACUUUAACUUUUGACAUUUUAAGUCGUAACAUGGAGGGUCUAGGCACAUCACCAUUCAUGCUAUUCUCCUUCACUUCUAUUGUUUACAUUCCCGGUGGCCUUACCAUAAUAUUUCUACAAAAUAUUAUUGGUCGCAAGGGCAUGGCGUGUAGUUGCCUCUUUGUUAGUGCCAUCAUAACAGCUGUAACUGGCUUUCUAAUCGCAUUUUUGGACCGACAGAAUAAUGCUCUAUUGCUAGCUAUUAUGGUCGGCUUAGGGCGCUACGGUGCUAUUGUCGCUUACGAUGCUGAAGCACAGUAUGCUGCAGAAAUUAUACCAACAACCGUGCGUGGUCAAGGCGUUUCAAACAUACAUGUUGUAGGCUAUGCUUUUAGUUUCUUGAGUUCAUAUAUAAUCUACUUAGGCACCUUUUACAAACCGUUGCCAUCAAUUUUUAUUAGCAUUAUUCUGUUUUUCGGUGCUGGAUUAUGUUUGGCAUUACCGGAAACAUUGCAUAAAAAAUUACCUGAAACUUUAAAGGAUGGAGAACAGUUUGGUAUUAAUGAAAAAUGGUAUUACUUUCCGUGUUUUGAUAGGAAGAAUCGUUUACAAAAAAAUCAGAAAAUUUCUGAUAUUAAAUAAAUUAUUUUUGUGUAAUAUGAAAAUCAAUAAUA